AUGUCCUACAAGUAUGUCAGAGCCUUGCCGGGCACAUUCUCUGGCGAGCAUGCGGCUCUCGAAAAUCAGGCUCACGUACAUGCCUACCUGAUUGCAGGAAUGAGACUAAAGUGCACUCCAACCAAUCAAAAUACUGAAAAAGAGCCUCCAUUCUCCUCCUCGAUGAGACCAAUAUUACUCUCUCUCCCAAACUUUCCUCAUCACCCGCAUCAUCGUUGCACUGCCUUAAUCAAGGUCGAUGUUCCCUCGUCUAUGACACACCGCUCACUCGUCGUUCUCCUGCUAUCGUCGCCUGACCAAAAUUACGAGGCUGGCUCAAGGCGACUCAUGUGCUUUGGGCACCAGAUUCACAUCGUCAGCGAUCCACAACUUGAGCCAUCAUGUCAGAUGCGACAGUUUCCAUCACAAUGUCCCGAUGACACUUGUCCGACUUCCUUUGGCUUAGACAACGUAUGUGGCAAUGUCUUAUUCGCCGGGUAUUGUCCUACCAACCGGCGUCAUCAAAUGAUGCCUUCGAAGGCAUUCUGGCCAGUGCAAAAUCCGACACAACUAGCAGCUCGUACGCGGCCCACGCUGAUCUGUUAUCGCCCUAAGGCCAGGUUCGAAGAGCGAGGCGAUGGUAGAAUAUUUGGAGAAAAUAACUCUCUGGGAUACGCCACAGCCUCACGAAACACUCUCCCAUCAACUUUGAGGCCCUCAGAUCGUCUACGAAUGAUUCACUUGUUAUCAAAGACUAGGAAGAUGAAGGGUGGUGGAAAGGCUGAGGGAUUCUCUGCAGAGGUAACAGUGCAUACGUCUUUCCCAUCAUCUCGCUCAUACUACCAGCAGAGGGUUUUACCAAGUGAAGCAAUCCCCAACCAUAUUAGUUUGCCCGGCGGACGCCGCCGUCAGCCUUUCAUCCGCUGGGCCUACCUAUGUCUUCAGCAUUAUCUGUACUACCUUGGCCCCCUGCGUUUCUUGGUGCCGGAGCUGUGGGUCUUUUACACCGGGGAUUUGCCCGGUGAACCCCGGCAUCUGACCGCCUUAGUGCUUACAACUGGGCUUUUCUUUUGGUACCUCGGUACCUAG